AUGAGUGACGAUUUGUGCCCAAGCGUGGCGUCCUCCGUGGACAGCACGCUGUUCAACGUCCUGGCGGCGGGCAGGGACAAGAGCAAGCAGACGUUGGAAGAAAUUAAGGCAUUACAAGAAAGGAACAAAAGUCGUAUGAAAAAUGAGCUCAAGGAAUACAAAAUUGUUAACAGGCUUAUUAGCGAACACAUCAGAUCCAUGCCGAGUCUUCUAACUUCCCUUAGUGAUUCAUCACAGUUAUGCGACACAUUGUGGGGGGUGAAUAAAGCACAGGGGGGGACACAAUCGAUGGGAGAGGACGAAGACCUACAACGCAUAUCUAGUUGGGCAAACAAUAGCGCAAGAAUGGACACUCCAAAUCAUCACACCAGGAUACAGCUGCAGGAGAGCGCAGAAAUCACAGAAAAGGAAAGGGCAGACGAAGAUGCAGUAGUUGCCUGGGUCCCCCCAGUAAAUGAGAGGGACCAAAUUAGUAAAAAUGAAGAGCCUCCCCAAAAAGGAGAUCCGUAUGCGGGAUUCCCUUCCAGGAUGAACCUACUUCAACUGAAGCAAAAAAUUGAACGCCAACGAUUGACCCUCUCAGAUGUAAAGGACUACCAGACGAAUACAAUGCUACUUAGCGAGGUGAAGAAAAUAAGGCAGCUAUCCUUUAGCGAUGGAGCAGUGGUAAAAAUUAGGGGAAUGGGUAUGGGCGAUCAUGAGUCUCAUUCUAAAUUGACCUUAAGGGAGGAGGCAACGAUGUGGCAGACUCCAAAUGGAGAACACAAAAAUGAGGGCACUAAGGGAGGAGGCAUUAUUGAGCAACUGUUGAUGAGCAGCGACUUCCGUAGUUCUGUGAGUUCCAAGGGGGCGCAGGGCGAUCCUCUGGACGACUCGUUCACCACCGUGGCGUUGGAUAAUGGGCCUAAGGGGGAUAGGCCUAACAAGGUGAGCAGUGGAGAUGAUAAUACCAAAUUGAGCAGCCCCGAUUGUAAUGUUCAUGUAGAAGCGAAUGGAGUGGAGAAAACGAAAAACUCUCUUUAUUCAGUCCCUUCGGUUGGAGAUUUGGCAUCCCCCUCGAGUGGUCAGCUCCACGUGAGUGAUGGAGUAUCACUAACCCAUGAGGGAAGCCAGCGUGGGGAAGGCAGCCAAUGUGAAGAAGCCAGCGAAGGUAUGGGAAUAAGUCGGAUAUAUUCGCAAUACUUCACGGGGGAAAUAAUCGAAGAGGGUAAGGACGGGGAGAGCCUCCCUGAUGGCGCAUCGUCGCAAGGGGGAAAGGACGCAGAAGGAACUAACAACCACCCCAUAGUGACAGAAGAACAUUCAUUAGGUGAACAAACAGAUCAUGACCUCGUAGAUGUUGUAAUCCGAUUGUCCAAAUUAAAAAUUGAAGAAAGAUAUAAAAACAAGCUGCAACUUUUUAACGAUUUUUGUCUGUCCAUUUGUGUUCCCAUUUCGUAUGAGGGGGGAUCUGACCGAGUGGGGGAAGAACAACGUGGACAGAGCGCCAGCGUAAAUGAUUUAAGUGCGUGUAAGAUGGAGGCGAUGGAUGGAGAGCUAGAUAUGCCUAAUUUGGACAGGAUAAUUAUGGAGGGGGAGAAGAAGUAUACCAAAGGUAACAGAAGCGGCAAAUGUGUAAAAGGCACAAAAGGGGGGAAUGGGAAGAAGACCCAUGGAGAGCACGCUUCCAUCACGUACGAUAAUUUUUGCCUUAAAAGCAACCAUGUAGAUGAGAGUUUUAUCGAAUUUGAGGAAGACAUACAUUAUAAAGUAGAGAGACAACUUGUUGAGAGCGUUGAAAAGAGGAAGAAUGAUACCAUCGUCAAGUCGCUCAAUCGACCAUUCGUUGUUCCUGAUUGGUAUGAAAUUUUGGCUUAUGGUGAAGUUCCUCUUAUAUGCACGGUUGAAGUGGAAGCACCACUCAGAGAGUUGUGUCUUCCAUGGGGGAAUUGUUCCGACUUGGGGAAGCGUUCACAUGUCAUGGUCACUCUGCAAUUUGCCAUGCUAUACUUAUCCAAAGGGGAAGAUAAUUAUCAUCUCUUCAGAAAGGGGACAGCGUCAGAGGGGCGUUCCUUGACGGAGCCCGCACGACGAGAAAGAGUUGAACCACGAGGGGGUGUAAGUCGUUAUGACGAAACGGAGCAUGUCAUCGGGCAGGAAACUAUUAUCGAAAAAUGUGACAGUAACGGUAGUUGCAACUUAGGUGGGGAAAAUGUACAAGGAGAAAACAUACUUAGGGUAUUCACUGAGAAGGGACAGACAAGCCAACUUGGAGUGUCCUCACAAACCGUACCACAUUGCACCACUCGUGAUGCGAACGAUGUGCUAUACAUUUAUGUACACAAAAUGGUGAACCUCUCGAAGAGGCAUUUUGACAAUAUGUCCAUCUGUGUAAGGUUUACAAAAGAGGAAAAGUAUUACUACAGAAAUUUCACCCUGGAGGAGGAAAAAGCAUUCGACUUUUUUGUACACUCCAGGAGGAAGUUGAGUGACUUGCACGAGGUGAUAUUAGAGGUGUGGGAGAACUGCUCUGGCAAGGACAAAAGGAGGGGGGGUCGACAGAGUGAGUAUUAUGAUCAAGAGGAGUGUGGGGACUGCGUUGGAAUUGUAAAUAUCCCUUUGGAGGAUAUUAUACAAAAGGAACAAGUGAUAUGUUUGGAGAAACAAUUGGAGAUGACCCAUCAGUUUUACGAACAUGUUAAUUUUAUGUUUUGGGUCAUUCUGGUGAGAGGGCAGAAGAACAGACGAGAAAAUGUACGAGAGUUUUGUGAGAAGUACAUUGAAAGUUAUGCCAAUGAGAGAAAACAUUCCUUAUCGAAUGGGGAUAAUCACAUGGAUGAAUCACUAACCAGUUCUGUCUUUGCUCCAUCCGGAGGAGAGCAGUCUUUGGGGAAGAAAUUCACCCCGUCGGAUAGCUACCCAUCAGGGGAGGCAAAGUCCUGCAUGUCCAUCAAUGAGCAAUAUUUUAUUUAUGACUCGGAGAGCCUCUACAACAAUGAGUAUUACGUGUACGAGUUGCAGAGGGAGGUGUUGCAGAAGGACGUGCGUAGUAGUGCUCUGAUCGCCACCGUUAUGGAGAGGGCCAGGCGGACUGCAUCCAGCGCAGUGAGCGCGGCGAACGUAGCGGGGAAGGACCAACUAAACGAUGAUCAGAUUAGCGGUGAUGGAAGGAGUGAUGAUGGAGGAAGUGAUGAUGACAGGAGCGAGGAUCACGUUGAACAGGGCAGCGGGAGUGUAAGUGGCAUGAACAGCGAUGGAGAUGAGCAGGAGCGGACGCAAAGAAGGGUAUUACGCCGAAUGAAGAGGGACAGAACAGGCAAAAGGAAAAAAGACCCAGAGAUCUACCUACCCAUAGAGUUCAUCAAAGAAGAACUACUUCUACGAGGAAUGAAGGAACACAUAGUCCACCUAAUGAUAGCAGACAUGAAAAAAAACACAACCAACAAGAAUGACAAAUAUAUUUUAAAAACACACGUUGAACAAUACAUAGAUAAAAUAUUUACAAAGUGGGAAAAAUUAACAAAUAAAUUAUUCAUUCGAAAUAAAAAAAAAAUGCUCCUAAAUGAUGUGUGUGAAUAUUUGGACAAUCUCUACAUUGAUGACGAUAGGUACAUUAGCAAAGAAGAAUUUUUCAUUUUUUUUCAGGAGGUCGGAAUUGUGUUUGUGGACUCCACUGUGUUCGAUGAGUUGUGCUUACUCUUCCUUGACAGGGAAAGGGAAGAAAUUUAUUUCUCAGCUUUCUCCUCCCUGAUUAUAAGAAGAGGAGUCGAGGAACUCAAAAAUACUGUGUAUGGUUAUGACGUUUUGUUGAGGCUUUUUGCAUGCUUCUACGAAAACGAAGUGACAAUAGAGAACCUAGAAAAUGAAUUAGUAAAAAUUAACCUGCAGACAAAAAAUUAUUAUUCAACGAGGAUUAAAAGGUAUUUCUCUUCCGAGGCACUGAAGAGGAAUUCAUCGAUAUAUCAAGGUAGUGCUGAAGAAAAUUUGGGACGCUUCUUAAAGGAGGAAGAAAAUGUGUGUGCCUGCACCUCUCUGCUAUUUUUACACUCCAUCAGAUUUAUGCUGACUAGGUUUAACAAUAGCGAUUUUUCCAACCAGGAUUUAUUUUUCCUGGUGAAGUAUCUCUUGCAGACGCAGUGCAACUACUCGAGGACAGAUGUUCGCGUCCUCGUAAAUGUUAUCAAGGGCAUCGAGUCCGUUAACUUGAUCUACUUCUUGGCCCUCUACCACCUAUACGUGCAGCAGCACACCUCGGGGGGGGGCCUCGACGGAGGCGCGUACAGCCAGCGCAGCGAGCGCAGCGAGACAUGUCCAGGGGGUGAACAUAGCGAAGUGGAAGGAAAGCACUUCCCCGUUUGUGACAACAUGGGGGACAGCACAGACGAAAUGGUUGGUGACGAUAUGGUCGUGUCUUCCCCCUGUGGAGGGGCUCAGGCGGAAGGUGAGGCGCCCGGCCAGGUAGGAGGCACAUCUAGCCACGAAGCGGAACAUGAAGCCGACUACGAAUAUGAGCGCGGCGACGAGGGAGGGCAAGUGACCCCCUUCAUGCUGAAGAAAAGUGACAAUGAGGAACAUCUCCUCACCGGGGACCCCGAUAAGAGCAGUGAAAAGUUUCAUGGGGGAUCCCUUGUACAGGAGGAGAAUAGCCCCAGGGGGAAGGGCCAAACGGAUGCCCAAAAUUAUGAUGAUGGGAAGGAACCUUUGGGGGAGACUCGUACUAGCAUAACAGAGACGCAAACGAAUGGCAGCUUGGCAAGUUGUUUAAAUGAUUCAGGAGAGGACAAAACAGGUGGCCACACCACUGCAAAAAGAACAUCCAAUGAUGCACCCUCAAAUGUAAAGAGGCAAAAACACAUCAGCGUAACGAACACGUCCUUUUGCAACGCCACAAAUGAGAAGAAGAAUAGCAAUAGGCCAAGGAAAGACAUAAGGAAAGGUUUCAAAUACAUAAUCAUCAUUCUACAUAGUAAAAUUGUUAGUGGGCUUAUAACUGUGGAAUACAUUUCGGAGUGUUUGUUUCGCUACUUUGGAAGAAAAGUAAUGAAUAAUAAGAAUGAACAGAAUGAUAAAGUAGAGUUGCUGAUGCUAUUCGAUAUGCUGGGUCUGUACACGUCUUAUGAGAUUGUCUUGAAGGUACUGAAUUGGUAUGCAAAAGAGGUAAUUACAAACAGGUUGGAAGAAAGAGGAGUGGUGGGGGAAAAACAUUUUGAGCGACACCACCAUGGGAACAUCUCUUUGCUGCAGGACUUCACUGCCAUCAAUCACGAACAUAACAUAAAGAGGAUUAUGGAAAGGUACUACCUUAACGAACAAAUUGGAGGAAACAUAUUUUCAGGUAGCACACUGGAAGAUUUUUUUGCUCUCUUAAAAGAAAAAGACAUAGGUAUACAGGCUUUCUCCAAAAAGAACAUUUUCACGUAUAGCGAUUUUUACGCAACAGUUGAGAAUUUAAAUUUAGAUUUCUCCAGAAAUUAUGUGCGUCUUUUGUUUUCUAAUUUGUUAACGUACGAUUUGACCUCUUUCACUAGCGUAAAUAGCAAACUAAUAUUUUACGAUUGCAUGGAGGCUUAUUGGCUGAACUGGAACAAAGCCCACUUUGAGUUUCACGGGGGCGAGGCGCAUGGAGCAGGGCAUGCGGAGCAGAGCGCGAGGACCCUCUUGGAUAGCGUCAAGCAGAGGAGAAAAGAGCUAGACAUUUUUAAGAAAACAAACCAAGCGGGGUCUCCAAACAGAGUCAGCUAUACCCCCCAGAAAAACAGAUUAGUACUUGUGCGCGAAGAGUGGGGCACGUCCGUGGAGAAGAGUGUGCCAGUGAGGGAUCCGACAUCGGGCAUGACCCACACGUUGUCAACGCUCCCCCUGUACAGUUUAUUCUUUUACCUUUCUGAGAAUGGCAUUUUAAGAGGAGAAGAACUAAUAAAGCAUUACUUUUUUAUGAACAUGUUCAGGUGCGAAAUGAACUCUGUAAAUGUGGAUGAUUACGCAAACGAUACUUAUACGUUUUACGAUUUUUGGCAAAUUUGCAAAGACAAAUGUGUGAGUCAGUGUGAGUAUAGCGAUGAUGAGUCGUUUAGGGAGGACCUCCUAAGGCUGAUUGUGAUCAUAAAUGGGGACCGCCAUAAUAGUAAAGAGGCAAUGCGGAAGGGACACAGUGGAGGGAUGGGCGCCACGGGUGGACCUACCAUAGCGAAAUCGGCCUCCUCACUUCAAACCCUACUGAAGGGAAAGACUCACCUAUUUUCGAAAAAUUUCAAAAAGAAUAUGAGCAUUUUGCGGAUGGCUGUGGAAAACCAGGGUAAGGGGAUCACCGAGGUUUCGCACUUCCCACUGGGGCCCUGCCUGGGACGGAGUCGUAGCGCAUUAAGCCAGAGUGCCACCAGUUUUAACGCCAAUUGGAACAGAAGCGGCAGCUAUGAUGCAUCUUUGGGGAGACGAACUGGGAGCACGCACACAGGGGACGCACCACUUGUGCAGUUUCUCAAAAGGAAUAAACAUGUGGUAGAGCACAUCCGGGAAUUCUUUUAUCUGUUUGUUUUCUGUUGCAAAGUGGCGAACAACGAGUCGGUAGAUUUGUCCUUUCACGAGCAGGAGUGGAUUUUCUAUCGGGGGAAAUUGAAGGCUCACUAUUCACAGAGGGGGGAGAAUAAACACACGAACGUUCCUGCUGAUGCUGCAAUGAGGAGAGAGAAUGACAGACUUAGUAAGUCCCCAUUUUUAUAUAAGGAAGUACGCAUAUGCUGUGAGGAGAAGAAAUUUACGAGCCAAGAAUACAAGGGGGUGGUGUAUCCAUACCUCCUUCUACUUUGCGAUUUGUUGAAAAAAAUUGUGCACAUUUAUAAAGACGCACAUGCUGCUUAUGUGAAAAAACGUUUUGUUCUUAAUUAUGAGGAGAAAAAUGCGAGGAUAAAAUUUUUGCAUCGUGUGGAAAAUAUUAUGACCAGGUCAGGCAGUUUUGACUCCAAAGAGUGGAAUAAAAUAUACAGCAUAUUUGAAGCGUUAGACAUCAGAAUAAGUGACUUCCUUUUAAAUUUGUGGAACUGUUUGGAGGUGAAUAAUUAUAUCGUAAGACUCCCAAACGGAGUUACCCUUUUCAACGAUUGCUAUAAUAUGAUGUGGGAUUUGAUGAGGCCCAAGGGGAGUGGCCGUUCUACCCUGUGGGGACAUGUGCCUAUUGGUUGGAAGAGAAACUUUCCAGGGAAGAGGUGCACCCUCCUGGGGAGGAACAAUGUUAAUCAUGAUUCUGAUGAAUGGAACGAUCUGUACGUAAAGAAUGUGAAAUAUGUGAUUGCCUUCAACAAGUUGGUGCUGUCCGAUGUACGGGGGAUCAAUCGGAGAAGCCUACUUCACAAUAAAAACAUCACACAGGACAAAAUUUUCGCAACGCACAUGACGAACUUGUACGUGAGGGCAUUAUUUAAUGAAUGCAUUUUGACAGGACUGAACAUCAACCGAUUAUUCGCACAUAUAGAUAAAAAAGACUCUUUCAUUUAUGUCCUUUCCAAAAACUUUAAUCAUAUUUUUUCUGAAGAAGACAUAGCAUUAUUUGUGAAGAAGUACUCGUUCGUAGUUGAUAUGACAUCACUCCACUUGAGAAAUUCUUGCCACAAUUUUUUUUCAACUAAAAAUUUUUUAAAUGACCUGUACAGGCAAGGUGAAUAUUACAAUUCGGAAUUGAAGGGAAAGCUGUUCAGAUUUUUUUUUAAAAAUGAAAAUGUAUUUUUUUGCAAACACCACCAGUGCAUUGUACAUGCCAAUUUUGAACCAAUGGAUAAACACCAUUUGAUAUCAUGUGAUAAGCUCAAGAACAUUUUGUCCCUGCAUGGUUUGUUUCUUUCCUGGGCUGAGUUGUAUGACUUUUUCCAGCCGCUUAACAAGUUUUGCGUUAUUUACGACUCCAAGAAGUUUGAGCUGCAUGAGGCGGGGAAACCGGGCCCCUACAUCUUGAAGGCGUACAUCAACAUGCCUAAUUUGUUGCGCCUGGCGGGGGAGGCGGCACACAGGGGGGGGGUGCGGCAGGGAGAGAAGGAAGAGUACCCAUCCCAGGAUAAUCUCAAGAGAGAGAAGGACGUGAAAAAAUAUGAAUCAAAAAAUGAUUUUCACAAAAAAGACAGAUACACUGAAAAGAUGCCUGCAAAGGACUCCCACUCGUGUUCUGUCCUCUUCAGAAGUCGAGUCCGCUCAGGGAAGGCCCCCUCUGAAAAAGAAUCACUGGCAAAGGCAACACCAAGGGGGGAAAACGAAAAGGAGGAAGAACAAAAAAAAAUACUUCCCCUUGACAGUGAAGCGGUGUACACAAAUUUAGCAAAAACGAAAACGCUACCCAAGACAUACAUUUACCACUUUCGUUUUAACAGACUAACCAUGGGAAGAAUAUUAUUUUUUUUUUUCAUCAAGCUAGCCAAUUUGAAAUCGAAAAGCGACCUGACACAUGGGGAAAUGUAUUAUGGGAUCAAACGAGCAGGGAAAAAAGAUAUCGUAAAGAAAGAAAUGAAAAAUGCAUGCCAGCUGUUACUCAACAUGGAAGAAACCAAAUUAAACAGCAUCAUACCGGAUGACUUUGUUUUGAAAAAAGAAGAAUUUCUAAAUGGGGUUCUUUUAAAUUUAUUUCUCCUCAGAGAUAGAUUGAACGUCUUAUUCGGAGAGGAUAAUUCUUCACCAAUUCAUGUGCAUCAGUUUGUUCAUUUUUUCGACACGGAGAAAGGUGCAGUCUCCUUUUCGAAUUACAAAUUUGUGUACAAUUUUUCCUACGAAUGGAUAAAUCGCAUGCACAUGAAGGAUGAAUAUGUGAGCAGGGAGUGCUGUGAGGCGUUGCUGGCAGAGUUUCUCUUACCUAGUGUAGUUGAUGAUAAGGAUGGGGAGAAGGGAGAACUCCCUGUCAAUGAGACAGAGGUGCAUGAAGCGUCUGAGAAGGAAUCCAAUGUGAAGAAAAAAAAAGAAAAUUUUCAAAACGGAGUGGAGGACGCAGUGCUGCAUGAGCAGCUUGUGUGUCGCAGCUUCCAGGACAGAGACGUCACUCCGCGUUACGCAUUAAAAGACAACCAAGAAAAUCCCCCAGUGAGGGACCCCCUUUGGAAAGAGGAACUCGUGAAGAUGUUCGAAAAGAAUAUAAAAGGUAAAUGGAAGAAAAUACUCAUGCCUAUUUUUCACCGCAAGGAAUUCUAUGCACAUCGAUUUAGGAUUAUAAUAAAGGAAUUUACAGGGUUGAAAAAUUUUGUGCGUAAAAUGGAAAGCGAAAAGUGGACAAGGGGAGAGUCCAACGUGGAGAACAAAUCUAUCAACAUGAACCAGCCGAGUGCUCCCAUCUCACUCAGCUAUUUUUGUUGCUUCGCCAUGAAAGAAAUUGUGAUAGGAAACAUCUGCACAGAGAGUGCUAUGCCGCUUGGAGCAGAAACAAAAAGAGGUGGCGAUUCCUUGCAUGUCAAUUACCUCUUCGAGCACACAUUUUCCACCAUAAAGGAAAAAGACAUAGUUACGCUCUUCGAACAUAAUAAAAAAAUCUUCAAAUUAAAAUUGUUCUGGGAAGGAAGUAUCAUAGCCGAAGCAGAUUUACACAUUUUGGAGAUGUUUUCCAUUAUGAAGAAUGAGGAAAAGAAGAGCCACAAAAUUUUGUGUUUCAUUCCUACCGAUUCGGAUAAUAAGAACAUUAUCUUUUUAGAUGUAGAUAUGUAUUAUGAUUGCACGAAAAUGAGUUCAGGUGAUCCCAUUUUUGAAACUAGCCAUAGAGUGGUUAGCCCCAAUUUCUGCGUUGAACAGGUAGCAGAAGAGAGCCCCCAUGAGGUGGACUUGGCAAAAUUAAAUUCGUCCAUCAUGCCUGCGUCUGAAAAAAGAGCUUCUAAUAAAAAAGAAUUAAUAAAAAUGGCCGAAUCUGGAGUGAGCAAUAAUUGGUGCGGUGACAAAGCGGCUCAUCGUACAGCUCACUGUACACAUGCGGAAGAUGACUCCACCUCGAUGAACAGAAGGACGAAUUGCACUCUCAUGGACAGCCGGCAGAGAAGAGACGGAUUGACCUCCUCACCUGUGGUGCACCCACCAAUUACAAACGGGUUCACCCAAAUGAAUCGCCAAUACAGCGGCGAAUACGUUUGGUUGAGAAAUGGCCAGGAGGUUCAUUUGGCAAGUGAAGGGGGAGGAAAUAUCAGACGUGGUGACGACGCGGAUGAGAAGAAGUGUGACGAGACGAAGUCGAUCGUCCUGGUUGAUAGCACACUGGAAGGACACGCGUGGAGGAAGAAUUCCAAGGGGAAGCACAGCAGCAAGGCCGAGUACCAAAUAAAAGAUAAGGACAGAAAUGUGAACCUGUGGAAGAAUGACACGAGCCACAUGUACCUAACCAUUAACUGGGUAAUCCUUCCAGCGUGCUUGAUUAGAAAAAUGCUUAACAGACUAAGCGGGAAUGGAAAUGCAGACCGCGGGGGGGACGACGUGUUUGUAGCUGUUUACGUGGAGGUGCAUCAGUGGAUGGACCCCUCAGGUGGGAAUGGCAGUAGCGGCGACGGGACAUACGAGCUUCUCUCCAGGUCCAUCCCGCAAAUGGUCAACUGGGAUGAGGGGGGCGCCUCCCCCAAGGGUAACGAUGAAGGGUUGGACAGUUGGUGUGAAGAUGGGGCAGUGCGCAGACAGAGCAGCCCAGCAUACGGUACAUCACCUGAUCGAGGGAAAGAAGAAGGAGGUAGGGGGAACCUCCACCAAGUACCGGUGAAUCCUCGUGAGCAGACGCAUCCCUCCAGGGAAGAAUCACAAUCAGCAAACAAGCAACUAGUGAAGGAGGGCGAGGAGGAGGAGAGAGAAAAAAAAAAAAAAAAACAUUCGUCAGGAAAACAGUUAAGCAUACACAACUUGAAGAUAAAGCACAGGGAAGUUAUCAAAUCGGGGAGUAGGCCAUACGUGGAGGGGAAGAUAAUUGUGAAGGCUUUGAUUUCACUGAAUCACAUUUCUGAGGACGUCACGAUUGGGGAGCACUUUUUUAAAAUAAAAAAUCUUUUACACGAAAAUGAGGAUGUUGUAUUUUGCUGCGAGAGUCUGUUUCAUGGUGUCUAUGGAGAGAAGGAUGCACUUUUUGAGGAUGAGAAGGAACGGAAAAUGCUUCUGGACAGCUCAGAUGUAGGGAUGGGUGCUGCUGACCCGGUUCUAAUGAAAAAUAAAAACGAAAUGGUGAGAUAUCCCAAGGAGGAAGUUGAAAAGUUAGCAAUUGUGCCACAUGUAGAUGAUGAAAAAAGGGAGAAUGAAACGAUCAUUGGGAAAAAUUCGUCUAUAGAAAAAAUAAAAAAAGAAAAUUCUAUCGUAUUACACUUCGGUAGCGGACAUGCGGAUGGGGGAGACGAAGGAGACGGACGAGACGGAGAAGACGGAAGGGAACCUCAACACAAACAACUCAUGGGCUAUGUUUCAUUCGAAUAUGAAAUGAAAAGGACAGAAGAUGAAAGGAAUUACGAGAAGAGAGAUUAUAUUGCCAUACCCAAUUUUGUGAAAAUUUAUUUUCUAAAAAAAAAUAGAAAUAAUGAUAAUCUACUGAACGAAAAAAAUAACAUGUUCAGAAAAACAACUUUGGAAAAAUUAUUUGGGGAAGUCUUGAGGAGAGUCCACUACAGGAAAUAUGUAAAGGUAGAGACUCUCUUGAAUGCACUGACUUAUUCAGCUUACUCCAAUUACAUGGACUACAUUAUCAGACUGUUCCGACAUUAUGUGGGUAGAGACACGUCUUUAUUUUUUCCUGUGGAGAAUAUUUUAUUAAUUUUAGCGUUAAGAAAAUUGUCCUCUCAUUUUUCCAACGUGAUGAUGCAUUUGUGUCAAGAGGUCUAUCAGUGUAACGGAGAUUUCAAUUCCUUGGGUGUGGUCGAGUGGUCUCACUUCGUAAAGUGUAUGUUGAAAGCCCAGUGUGGUUCCUCCAAAGGGGGGGACGUAAGAAUAGGUAGUAGAAACACUAGGAGUGUUAAGGGGAAAAUGAUUGUAGUAGGAGCCAAUCAGGAUGAUCCUUCUCAGCAACUUCAUCAUAAACGCAACAAACGGGGACAGCAAAAGACGAACCUAUUUUCUUCAACGUCAUCUUGCAUGUCUUCCUUCUCUGCCUUCACCAAGGGCGAUACAGAAAAUGAUGCAUCUUCUACCGCUUCCUUAGCAGAGCGACACCGGGAUGGAUUAACUCCUCCACGAGUGACACACAGGAUGAAGGGAGUAAACCCCCUCAGUCAGAGAGACUGGUGUUUGUUGAACCAUUGGGAUAACUGGCACCUUCACAAAAACGGCAGAAGUUGUUUCUUCCUCUUGUUGUUCCUAAAUGAUAUGAUCAUUUUUUACCAAGAGAAUAAACACGCAGUGAAGAGUGAUGAACUGGACAUAUCGCUAGCCCACACGUGUGGUCGUGCUCGGGUGAAGAACAAAAAGUGCCCUCUGCACAGGUCACACCAUUUGAGUGGACUGGCAAGUGGUUUAACGAGGAGACGUGGACUUUCAAACAGGGUGGGGUGUGGCCAUGUCGGAAACCAUCUCAAGUCUGUUCCUCGUUAUGCACACAGAAGAAGAGCCACCCUAAGCAAACACAACAGUAGUGAUGCGUCGGUUGAAGAGAUGUGCAGAAGGAGUACCAGUGCUGCAGAUCUGCUUGCACGUGAACAAAAGGGUAAAAAGAGGACCUCCAUAUAUCAUUACAACUUGUUAAGUGGUGAACCGAAGGUCGCUCCAGUGAAGUAUCCAAGUGACGAGGAAUGCACAAAUGGGGUUAACGCAUGUACAGUUGUAGGUAGGAAAUUCCACAGGGAUCACAAAUGGAACCAGUUAUAUUUCUUCCAAGGUAAAAAUGAAGACAUGCUCAUGAAAAUGGACAGAACGAAUCUGGUAAAAGUUGACCCUUCUCCUUAUAGACUUUACGUCAAGGUCAAGAGAUUACACAACGCGGGUACGUUAGUUACGCAGAGCAUGGCAAUGUCAUUUCAAGUUGUGUUGAGUAAUUAUGAUUGGAUCCAAUCGGGUAGUCAUAUGCUGCCCUAUUUUGUGAACCCCCAAGAUGGGUAUAUCAUAAAUAAAAUUCAGGCGGUAAGCAAGCCCAUUUUGAAUGACCCCCAUUCGGGUGUCAACACGGCAGUUGUUUUGGCACUUCCAACCAGAGCGGAGAUGAACAGACUCUACAACGCGAGGAGUACAGAGAAUGUAGAGAACGUUCCGGACCUUCUACUCAAGGACAACAUGAAAGGGCAGCCAUCCUAUAGUCUCUUGAAAAUGUGCUUGCAGAACUUGUCUCUGCAGAUAUGCUUUUAUGACGUCCCAUUUUGGAGCGACUCCUUGUCGGAUGAAUCACAUGCCAAUGAUGAAGCCCUGGGGUGUAGUCUUUACCCGGAGGGGCAACACAAGGGGAGAACGAGGAAGACGCUCGUUGCCAGCACGUUCAUUCCGCUAAAUGUUCUUUUGAAAAAGGAUAAGACCAAGGUUAGGGCGCCCCUGGUAAUUUCCCCCUUCUGCAGCAGUAGGGCAAGACGAAGAGAUAUGGAGGUGGAAAUUCUCCUCAAAUAUGACAAGUUUGACACACGCGGGGUGCAACACAAAAGGGUCACACAGAGGGGUGGGCAAAACGACGUUCAGAAAAUGUUGCACAAAAAUGGGCAGACGAAAUUCAUCCAAGUGCGACCGAUUCAGGAGCAAUCCAAGUGGCUCAAGUCCAAGCUAGAGAGGUGCGCGCAAGGGGACGCCCAUGGGAAGCAGAACCCACCUGCAUACGGCAUCUUGGCUGACGGGUUCAAUAUCGACUCAUCGGUAGAAACACAAUCGGGGCUCCGCCUAAGUGACGACUUUGAUCUAGCGGGGAGACAUGACUCGGUUGACUUGUCUAAUAUUCCCCUGCUGACCCUUCCAAAAAUUCCCCCGCCCAUAUCGUAA